AGCAGGUAUCUGAUUGGUCGAUCCCCCCGAAGGCUCCGCCCUCCUCCUCGCGCCCCGCUCACCUGCUGCUGCUGCUGAGUCGCGUGGCUCUCCAGCGCGCGCAGCCACUGCGCCACAGAGAACCACCCGUCAAACAGCCGCCUUCAGAUGGAUUAUGAGACGAAGAUCUUCCCUCGGACCGGCGGCUACGGCCGCUACAACCGAGUCGUGGUGGUUUUCAGCUGGUUCCCCGACUUCGCGGUCAUGCUGAAUCUAUUCAGCGACGUUUUUUACACCUCAAUCCCGGAGUUCUAUCACUGCAAGCCCGACGCUCAGCUGCUGCCGCCCGCCUUCCUCCCCAGUAACCUGUCCAGGCAGGGGUACCUGAACCUCACCAUCCCCUGGGUGAACGGCUCCGGGCUCAGCCACUGUGAGUUAUUCAAGUACCCGCACAAUGCCUCCGACUUCUCCGCAAAGUUCUCCCGGGAGCGGGUGUCCUGCACCGUGGGGUGGGAGUACGCGCACGUCGCGGGGCUCCAGAGCAACUUUGUGACUGAGUGGAACCUGGUUUGCAGUGACUACUGGAAAAUCCCUUUGCAGCAUAUCUGCUUCAUGACUGGAUGGAUUUGGGGAUAUAUCCUUCUUGGUACAUUGUGCGACUGGCUGGGUCGUCGGCGGUGUUUCCUCUUCUCCAUCAGUCUGUCCUGUCUGUUAGGAGCGGCCGUUUGUUUAUCCAGCAGCGUGGUGGCAUUUCUGCUGCUGCGUCUCUGUCAGGGCGCCAUGCUCGCUGGGGUGUUCGUGUCCUCCUACAUUACCAGGUUGGAGCUUUGUGACCCCCCCCAUCGUCUCAUGGUCGCCAUGAUCGGCGGCUUCUUUGCCAUGUUUGCAGAGCUGCUGUUGCCGGGUCUUGCUGCAAUGUGCCGCUACUGGCCCGUUCUGCAGGCCGUGGCCACUUUGCCUCUGAUCCUGCUGCUUUCCUAUUGGUGUUGUGCGUCGUUGUUUCCCGAGUCUCCGCGCUGGCUGCUCGCCACAGCUCAGAUCCUCCGGCUGAAGAGGAGCCUCCAGGAAUUCUCCUCCAGGAAUGGUGUUUGUCUGCAUGAUGAUAUGUACCCUGGUGAAACCCUGCUGUCAGAGAUAGACUCGGCUUACGGAGAAGACUGCCAGGCAGCUUUCUAUUCGGUUCUGGAGCUUCGGAGGACUCGUGUUAUCUGGAAGAACUGCCUCAUCCUGAGCUUCACGCUGUUCAUCGGGACAGGGAUCCAGUACUGUUUCACCAGAAACCUUCACAGUUAUUCCUCUAACUUCUACUUUGGCUACUUCCUCCGCGUGAUAACCGGCGCCCUGGCGUGCAUCUUCAUCUGCUUGUCUGUCAAUCACUUUGGUCGGCGCGGUAUGCUUCUGCUCUCUGCCAUCAUCACUGGGCUGUCGUCGCUGCUGCUGCUGGCCCUCACGCAGUAUUUGCGUGGAGGCCUCGUGUUGGUGCUCUCUGUUGUGGGUCUGCUGUUCUCUCAAGCUCUGGCCAUGCUCAGUGCGUUCUUUGCCUCUGAGGUGAUGCCGACCGUGGUUCGAGGUGGUUGCAUUGGCCUGGUGCUGGCCGCCGGUUGUGUUGGCAUGGCCGCCUCCUCCUUGAUGGAGCUCCAGAACAACAGCGGCUACUUUCUCCACCACGUCGUCUUCGCCUCCUUCGCCGUCCUCUCUGUUCUCUGCAUCAUGCUCCUGCCUGAAAGCAAGCGCAAGCCGCUCCCGGACUCCCUGAAGGACGGCGAGAAGCAACGGCGGCCAGCUCUCUUCCUGUCCCGGCCUGACCGAGACGACCUGCCCUUACUCUGUGCCCGGCCAGCUCGCUCAGAGUACGACCCUGACAACUACUCCUGUUUGGUCUCAGCUACCAGGAGGAUGUUGACUAAAGACAAAUCUCCUUAUAGGAUCGCUGUACCAACUGAUUCCCCCCUGCUGUCAGACAGUGAAACACUGGAGAACGGCUCUGUGAGAGAGGUCGCAUCUUAACUCCUCACCCGACCUCACAGACUUGGAUUAGUCAUCCUCCUCCUUCUAGACAUACCGGCACAGACAGUUAGCACUUCAUAGUUCAUAGUUUUCUACGGCAUGGUCAUGACUCAAGUGAAGAACUGACCCAGGCUUGGAUGGAGUGCCUCUCAAUUAAGUCUGUCAAUUUCAACCUUCUGCGGCUAUGAGUUGUUGUCUAAACCUCAGGAGAAGUCCCCCUUUGAACUGUUCCUUUUUGGCUUAGUGGGGACACUGCUCGUCUGUGUAGGGCGGUAACUGGCAUAACCAGAGAAGCUCGCUCUGUCGUGCGGCUGCUGUCGAUCAUGUGAGCUGCAGUCCUUUGUCCAUUUAUUUGCUACUCAUGCACUUUCCAUUAGGUCUGUCCGUCUGAUUCACCAGCAGCGUUAGUGUGUGGAGAGGAUCCCGAGGGCUCACACUGUCCCUGUGGAGUCCUGUUGUUGUACCUGUGACACACACAAGAGGGCGCUGAAUGAUGCACUGUUCAGUAGAAUAUGAUGAUGGGCUUUAUCUCUGGCAUUUUCAAUGCGUCCUCGUGCCACUACCAGACCUCAUUAAUUAAAUUUUACUUAAAAGAAUUUGGAUGGGAUAUGUGGGAAAGUAACACCAGAUUUAAGCCAGUAAAUUCUGUCUCUGACUGACCACUUUUUUGAUUUAAAGGUGCUAUUUUCACAUUAUGGUUCUCAUGAAACACUCAAGGUAGCCAAUACAUUUUAUAAUGUACUGACCGCUUUAACUGUCAGACAAAAAGUCUAAUGAUAUAGUUGGGUGAUGACAGCUGUGUUUAAAAUGCCUCAGAAUUCAGCACUAAAACCUAGUACUAAAAGAUGGUAGAUAUUUUCAAAAUAACUGCCCAAUACAACCUGAGUUCUUUUUAAAACAUGUUCUGUAUUUAAUUUAUUGUAUUUAACAGUGAUAUUCUGCCUGAGGAUGCCCCACCAUUUUGUGAAGAGAGGCUGGUUCUUGCUAGAGUAGUUGGUCAUUGAGAGGGUGAUGAAAAUGUCAAGGUUGCCGUAAAUAAAAGAGAAACACAUCAGUGCUUUGGCCUGUAGUAAAGCUAAAUUGUGUAAAGGCUGAAUAAAUCUGCUAAUAAAUGAAUUAGUGUUGACUAAAAUUUGCACAGUUGGUCAAGUACCUUUUUUUUAUGUUCAAAUUAAUUUCAUAGACUCCUAUCAAUGUCCUUACCAAUUAAAAACCUUUAGUGACAAAGAAAUCGUCCCUUGUUUGUACCUUAAACCUCAAAGCUGCCAAACACAAUCAAGUAAAAUGUUCAUACUUAACAUAAUGUGUAAAUGUUUAAGAUGUUGUUACCCUCUCAGACCGCUAGAUCGAGCUAUGGUACUACCUCAUAUGAAAGUGUCACUGUACAGAUGUUGAGGUGCGUGCGUGUGCAACUUCACCUGUAUGUCAUUGUAAUCGCACACUAUCUAUCUGACAGUCUUAUGAUGAGAUAAAACAGACCGAUGAGAUCAAUAAAGU